GUGGAGACUCGGCGCUACGGCCCUGCGCUCAUGGCGCUGUACCAGCUCUUCUCCCACCCGGCCGAGCGCGGCUAUCGUGCGGGGCUCUGCUCCAAGGCCGCGCUCUUCCUACUGCUGGCCACGGCGCUCACCUACAUCCCGCCUCUGCUGGUGGCCUUCCGGAGCCACGGGUUUUGGCUGAAGCGGAGCAGCUACGAGGAGCAGCCGAGCGUGCGCUUCCAGCACCAGGUGCUGCUCGUGGCCCUGCUGGGGCCCGAGCCCGGAGCCUUCCUCGCCUGGAGCACCUUCCCCACCUUCAACAGGCUGCAGGGGGUUCACCUGCGCGUCCCCCUCGUGUCGACCAGAGAAGAAGACCGGAACCAGGAUGGGAAAAUGGAUAUGCUCCAUUUUAAACUUGAACUUCCCCUACAAGCCACAGAGAAUGUUCUCGGUGUGCAGCUCAUUCUGACCUUCUCCUACCAACUUCAUAGGAUGUCAACGUUUGUGAUGCAGAGCAUGGCGUUUCUUCAGUCCUCCUUUGCUGUUCCCGGGUCACAGUUAUAUGUGAAUGGUGACCUGAGGCUGCAGCAGAAGCAGCCGCUGAGCUACCGCGGCCUGGAUAUCAGAUACAAUGUAUCUGUGAUCAAUGGGACUAGUCCUUUUGCUCAUGACUACGAUCUCACACACAUUGUUGCUGCCUAUCAGGAAAGGAAUGUUACUACCGUCCUGAGUGACCCCAACCCAAUCUGGCUGGUUGGCAGGGCCGCCGAAGCUCCUUUUGUGAUCAAUGCUGUCAUCCGAUAUCCUGUGGAAGUCAUUUCUUACCAGCCAGGCUUCUGGGAGAUGAUAAAGUUUGCCUGGGUUCAGUAUGUCAGCAUCCUACUCAUCUUCGUCUGGGUGUUUGAAAGAAUCAAAAUCUUCGUGUUUCAGAACCAAGUAGUGACCUCCAUUCCUGUAGCCGUGCCCCAGGGAGAGCUGGGUAAAGAGCACUUAUCCUGAGAAGACCACAUCAGGAGACUCUGAGGGACCAUGGCUACCUCAUCCCCAGCUUCUGAGAACUGCGACUUUACAACGUUUCUGUAAAGAUCCUGCUGGACACUUUGAGGCUCGUGUUUCCCCCUCAGAGACAAAGAAUGGUUCUUUCAACUGCACAAACCCUGUGCCUUCAAAGCACCAAGGAAAUCACAAGGACGAGUUUGUGGAAAGGUCCCAGGGUUACUAGAGGCUAUGGUUUUUGUUUUGUUUUGUUUUUGCUUUUGCUUUGGCCUUGAAUUUCAGGAGAAAAUUGCAGUCAGCUCAUACAUCUUUGAAAGAGUCCCACCUCUGGUCAAUGAAAGACUUUACCCCUUUUGAA